AUGGGCACUGGGUCUUCGGUGGGAGUUGGCUGUUGAGCUGUACAUCUCAUUACCUGGAAACGGGAGCCGGAAGGUUCUCAAACAAGAUUCCGCUUUCUUAGGGCGGUAACAGCGUGCACGGGUUAGGGAGGGGCGGUGGGAAAAGCGGAGCCGCUCUGAACCAUGCUAUGGAACUGUGGGUCCCUCUGUGAAGAGGCCCAGCUUUGCGGGACAUUGGUGUGAGCCUGCGCCGAGAGACGUUCGUGUGACAGGCCGAAAACUACACUUCCCAGCAUCCUCGCGGUACCAGAACUACCUUACCCAAAAGCCUGAGCGCGAUUUAUCCAGCCUUUCGCCCUCCCCCGCCAGCUGGAAAGCCGAAGACAUGUGGGGUCGCUGGUUAGGGCGGCUACUGCGUUCUGAAGGCAGCGGGGCCUGCCGGGUUUCAACUCCCCGCGGGCGUUUUCCCCCGGCCCUGAGGAGAGAUUUCUUCACCACCGCAACCAAGGAAGGAUAUGAUAUGAGGCCAGUGGACAUAACUCCUUUAGAACAAAGGAAAUUAACGUUUGAUACGCAUGCCUUGGUUCAGGACUUGGAAACUCAUGGAUUUGACAAAGCACAAGCAGAAACAAUUGUAUCAGCAUUAACCAUUUUAUCGAAUGUCAGCCUCGAUACUAUCUAUAAGGAGAUGGUCACUCAAGCUCAACAGGAAAUAACAGUACAGCAGUUAAUGGCUCAUUUGGACUCCAUCAGGAAAGACAUGGUCAUCCUAGAGAAAAGUGAAUUUGCAAAUCUGCGAGCAGAGAACCAGAAAAUGAAAAUUGAAUUAGAACAAGUUAAGCAACAACUGAUAAAUGAAACCAGUCGAAUCAGAGCAGAUAAUAAACUGGAUAUCAACCUAGAAAGGAGCAGAAUAACAGAUAUGUUUACAGAUCAAGAAAAGAAACUUAUGGAGGCAACCACAGAAUUUACCAAAAAUGAUACCAAAACCAGAGGUAUUAUUUCAGAGACCGGUAACAAAAUUGACACUGAAAUUGCUUCUUUAAAAACCCUAAUGGAGUCUAACAAGCUUGAGACAAUUCGUUACCUUGCAGCCUCAGUGUUUACUUGCCUGGCAAUAGCGUUGGGAUUUUAUAGACUCUGGAAAUAACAGUGAAACUACUAUAUUAUGCUCCUACUCCUGCUGCUGUUGACUUUUUAGAACAAACACUGUGCCAGGAUGGAUUUACUCUGAACAUUGAAAGUUGCAGUAGAAACUUAAUACAAGAUUAUUUAAAGUACAUAUGGACUAAAGGAAAUGUUUUAGAAUGGGAAGGUGUAUUUUGUCUUUGGUUUUUAUAUAUGUCUUUAUUUCAUUAUGUUGAAAAGAUGCCAUUCAAAACCUGAUUGAUUUGAGAUAGACAGGCAUUUUGUCUUUAUCCUUUUGAUAGCUCAUAGAAACUGAACCAGAGUUUUCUUGUUUGCUUGAACAACUGUAAAUCAUACAGGAUUUCUUUGGUAUGUGUUGCAAACUUGUUUAGUUAUAAAUAGGGAAUCUAAAGUAUAGAGCAAUCAAAAGACUGACCUUGUAUGGUCCAGCGAGUGAGAAUCAGAGGCUCUCCAACUAAGUUUUUUUCAAAGAGCUAACAGUUGGCUUGUUUUCAAAACAAAACUUUCUGUAUUUUGAUUCAAAAUAUCUCAGAAUCCUCUUGCCUAAGAAAAUUCUUGGCACACUGUAGAUAAAUUUGUGUUGGAUUAAUAAAUAAAGACCAUAUAGGUUCCAUUGUAAUAAACUCUACAGUACAUUUGCUCACUCAGUAAAUAAGAAUGCCUGCUAUGGGCCAGACAACAUGCUGGUACCCAUGUGCACAGAGCUGAACAUGGCUUCCUUAUCAUGGAACUGACAAUCUUAGUUGGAGAAGACAGACAGUAAACAGGUAAAUUAUUCAUUUGUUACAAUUUAAAAUAUGCUAAAAUACUGAGAGGGAGUAUUUCUUUCCUCCAUGUGAAGGAAGCUCCAAUAGCAUAAUAUUGUAAUCACUCUUCCUUCAACCACCCUGCCCUAGGUGAUUAAGUAAGGUGAAAGGAGAAACAAGGCCCAAGUAGCCCAGCCACUUCUCCCCAUUCCUGUUUGGGACCAGCCUGUCUACAGAGAACAUUCAUUCUGUUCUGCUCCUGUAGGAUCAAGUUCACCUCUACAGGGUGAGGCCUGCUCUAGUACAGUGAUACUUGGGACAAGGUAAGUCCGAUUCGGGGGUCAGUGAUAAGUUUACUGGACUGAAGAUAUUAACCACAUUCUCCAAUAUCCGUUUUAUCAGUAAAUAAAGGUAUUAUUUAGGUCCUUAUAUCAGUUCAUUUUUUUGAGUUUAUUUUUGUAUAUGGGGUUAGAGAAUGUUCUCAUUUCAUUCUUUUACAUGUAGCUGUCCAGUUUUCCCAACACCACUUAUUGAAGAGAUUGUCUUUUCUCCAUGGUAUAUUCUUGCCUCCUUUGCUGAAGAUUAAUUGGCCAUAGGUGUGUGAGUUUCUCAGCUCUCUAUUCUGUCCCACUGAUCCAGAUAUCUGUUUUUGUGCUAAUACAACACUGUAUUGAUUACUGUAGCUUUGUAGUAUUGUCUGAAGUCUGGGAAGGUUAUGCCUCUAGCUUUGUUCUUUUUCCUCAGAAUUGCUUUGGCAAUUCUGGGUCUUUUGUGGUUCCGUAUAAAUUUUAGGAUUAUUUGUUCUAGUUCUGUGAAAAAUGUCAUGGGUUGUGGUCAGAAAAGAUUCUUGAAAUAAUGUCUAUCCUCUGAAAUUUGUUGAGGCUUGUUUUGUGUCCUAGUAUGUGGUCUAUACUAGAGAAUGUCCCAUGUGCACUUGAAAAGAAUGUGUAUACUGGUUUUUUGGGGUGUUAUGUCCUGAAGAUAUCAAUUAAGUCUAACUGUUCUAUUGUGCUAUUUAGGAUCUCUGUUGCCUUAUUGAUUUUCUGUCUGGAAGAUCUGUGUCCAUUAAUGACAGUGCAGUGUUAAAGUCUCCUACUCUUAUUGUAUUCCUGUCAAUUUCUCCCUUUAUGUUUGGUAGCAUUUGUUUUAUAUAUUUAGGUACUCCUAUAUUGAGUGCAUAUAUGUUAAUGAGUGUACUACCCUCUUCUUGUAUUGAUCCUUUUAUCAUUAUACAGGGUCCUUCUUUAUCUUUCUUUAAGGCCUUUGUUUUUUAAAGUCUAUUUUGUCUUAUAUGAGUAUUGCUACCCCCACUUUCUUGUCAUUUCCAUUUGCAUGAAAUAUCUUUUUCCAUCCCCUCAUUUUCAAUCUGUGUGUGUGUCCUUCACCCUAAAGUGGAUCUCCUGUAGGCAGUAUAUUGUAGGUUCUUGUUUUAUUAUCCAGUCUGCCAUUCUGUGUCUUUUGAUCAGAGCAUUUAGUGCAUUGACAUUUAAAGUAAUUAUUGAUAAAUAUAUAUUUAUUGCCAUUUUAAACCUUGUUUUCCAGUUGAUUUUGUAUUUCUUCUUUGUUCCUUUCUUCUUUUUGUGUUUCCUUUUUUGAUUUGAUAGUUUUCUUUUGUAUUAUGCCUGAGUUCCUUUCUUUUGGGUUUUUGGGAAUCUAUUGUAUGUUUUUUUGAUUUGUGGUUACUCUGGUUUUCAACUAUGUUAACUGUCACUAUAUCUACUUGCUUUAGACUGGUAGUCAUAUGAGCUCAAACACAUUCUAAAAGAUCUACAUUUCUUACUCCCCUUCCCUACAUUUUGUGAUUUUCAUGUCCUAUUUUACAUCUUCAUGUUUAUCCUUUUCUGUUCAAUCAUUUUCACAGAAUUUUUUGGAUUGUUUUUUAACUGUGUACUGUCUUAUUUAAAUGAUCUUCAAUCCUUUUAUAUAUUUACCUUUUCUAUUGUGAUUUUUCCCUUUCCUAUAGAUUGUUGCUUCUUUUCAAUUUAGAGAAGAGCUUUCAAUAUUUCUUUUAAGAUAGGUUUAAUAUUGCUGUUUACUCUUAGUUAUUGCUUGUGUGAGAAAUUCUUUUUGUCUCCUUCUAUUCUAAAUGAUAAUCUUGCUGGGUAGAAUAUCCUAGGUUGCAGGUUUUUCCCCUCCAGGACUUUGAAUAUGUCUUGCCAUUUCCUUCUGGCCAGCAAAGUUUCUGUAGAGAAAUCAGCUGAUAACCUUAUGGGGUUCCUUUAUAACUGUUUUUCUCUUGCUGCCUUUAGAAUCCUCUCUUUUACUAUUUUAAUUAUGAUAUAUCUUGGAGUAGAUCUGUGUGAGUUCAUCUUGUUUGGGACCCUCUGUGCUUCCUGGACCUGGAUAUCUAAUACCUUCUUUAGGUUUGGGAACUUUUCAGCCAUAAUUUAUUUGAAUACAUUUUCAAUCCCCUUUUCUCUUUCUUCUUCUGGGAACCCUAUUAGACGUAGUAGAUUAGUGUGCUUUAUAUUAUCCCAUAGAUAGCAUACGUUCUGUCUGCUGUUUUGACUGGGUGAUCUCCAUUAUUCUAUCUUCCAGAUCACUUAUUUGUUCUUCUGCAUUAUUUACUUUGCUGUUUAUUGCCUUUAGCUUCGGUUUUCAUCUCGGCAAUUGAGUUGUCUAAUUUUGAUUGGCUCCUCUUUACAGUUUCUAGUUCCUUGUUACAGUGAUCUACAUUUCUAUCAAUAGCAUUUCUUAAUUCCUUCAGCAUUUUUAUUACCUCCUUUUUGAACUCAGGGUCUGGUAGACUGUAGAGGUUUGUUUCACUGUUUGUCCUUUCAGGGGAUUUCUCUUGUUCUUUUAAUUGGGAGUAAUUCCUUUGCUUCUUUUUUCUUAUAUUUUCUCUAUGAAUUUAGGAGAAGCAGUUAUCUACUGUGGUCUGGAAGGGCUAUUUUUAUGUGGGAACAUCCCAGUGUAGCCUGCCUGAGUCCAAUAUCUUUGGUGCAAGAGCUGUUUUUGGUAUCGAUGCUUGCCACGUCUUUCCUGUGUGUGCGCCAGCCAUUAUCCCCUUGAUAGGGAAGUGUGAUUAGUGUCAUGGUGACCAGAGCCCAUAAUGGAUGUUGAGCAAGUCCUCCUCUUUGCUCUCUGGGUGUCACAGCCCUGUCAGGGGCAGGGUCUGCUCCCCAGCUGUUGUAGUGCAGAUCCCCAGAUCUGGUUCUCAGCUGUGGUGUGAAGUAGGCAGGACUGGAGCGCUCCCUCUGGGAGAGGAGCCACUGCAUGUUCCUCCCCAGGAGCUGCCUGCCAGGACGUGGGAUUCUGUGAUGCCGCCUGCCACCUGGUGUGUGCACCCACAAAGAUCAGUGUUGCUGGCACUGCCCUUUGGGCCCACCUCCUGGUAAUAAGUUCAGAGCAUACGCGCUCACCAAGCCACCAGCACAUAAACCCACUAGAGCUGCAUCCCCUGAACCCGCAGUCAGCCCAGGGUGCCCUCAGGCACACAUGUGUGGUUCCAGUGAAAAGUCCGCCAGAGCAGGAACCUGCCAGAGCUGCAUCCCAGCAACCACAGUGGGAUGGCCAGCUAUCAGUUCAGCUUUCAGCCCCACCUCCACAUGCACACGCCCCCAGUUAUGGUCUGGACCAUGCUUCAGACCCUUUGGUCUGUCUCCAUGCAACCAACCAGAGUCCUCUCCUUGGGUCUGUCUGCUGAAGCCUGAGUUUCAGCACCCAGUCGCUCUGCACACCAGCAGGCGUACAUCUUGGGCUGGGAAGCGUGGUGAUGUGGUCAGGACCUUCUGUGUUGGUCUCUCCAUACCCUGCAGUGCCUCAGGCCAACUCCCAUACCCUCCUCUUCAGCCUCUGAAGUUCCCUAUCUGUCCUGGCAUACCUCCCAGCUGGUGAAGGAGGUUCCCACGGUGAGGUUAGCAUUCUUCCUUCACAGCUCCUUCCCAGGGGUGCAGGUCCCAUUCCAAUUCCUCCUCUUCUCCCUUUUCCCUUCAUCCUACCCAGUUACAUGGGGAUCUUUCUUGAAGCUUUGGUUGUAUGAGAUCUGAAAGCAUUCAGUGGUGUUCUGUGAGAACUAUUCCACACGUGGCUGGAUUUUUUGAUGUAUUUGUGGGAGGAGGUGAGCUCCACAUCCCUCUACUUAUAAAGGGGAAAAAAAUGAGGCAGUGGAAAGCACUGUGGUCAUCACCAACACUAAAAUUAGUGAUUGUCAUUUUGUAGAAUAGCUACAUUGACUAUAUAUAUAACAGUGAAUAUACUAAAUGAUAUAUAUCAACUCACCUGUUUUUCAUCACAGUUCUCUUAGGUAGGUGGUAUUAUCCUCAUUUUACAGCUAAAGAAACCAGGUAAGUGAAGUUAAGGUCACACAGUUGUAACUUCACACAGGUGAAGUUGCCAAGAUCACAUGGCAGAUAAGUCACAAGACUUUAACUCAAGAUUUUAUGUUCUUACUCGAUAGUAAGAGUAAUCUCCAAGUUGAGUUCUCUGAGAACUCACUGUAGUUGUGAUUUGCAUUUUGCUAAUACUUAGCAAUACUGUCCAGGCUCUUCUUUCCAUGUGUCCUGGCUCCUUUUUGUCUUAUGCUCCAUCACCCCUGGUAGUGCUCUCAUUUGCAAAGUUCAGUGACUCGCUACCACCCCACAUUCCAGAAGAAGAAAGGGGAAGGUGUGGGAAAGCCGUUUCCCUUUAGGGACAUGACCCCUAGGGUUUUACACACCAUUUUCGCUCACACUCUAUUGGCCACACUUGGUAUCUUAGCUGCAAAGACGACUGGGAAGUCAGUCCUUAUCCUGAGCAGCCACAAGCCCAGGUAAACCCUAAUAAAUACUAUAGAAAAAGGGGAGAAAGAGGUAUUGGGAGACAUCCAGGGAACCUCUGCCACAAGGGUGCAUGCUUCUAUUACAACACUCUUCUGGUAUUUCCUACCUCACUUGUACAGAGACUAGAGAUGUGGCCUUGAGAAAACAGGAGGAAGUGUAACAAACUAUUUCCAGGGUUGGGAUUACUUUAGAGUCACCAGGCUAGAAGGAAAAGGUAAGGCUGUGUGUAGUCCCAGAAAGUGAGAGAAAUGUUGGCUUUGGGAAUUCCAGAAUGCAGACUCUGAAAUUCCCCUCCUAAGGUUAGAAUCCCAGCUUCACAUUGCUGUGUGACUGGGUGACUUUCUUAAUCUCCAUGUAUGAAAUGCUGUACCUCUUUUCAUACAGCUGUGGUGAGAAUUAAGCAGUAAUACAUGUAAAGGACUUGGUACAGAUCACACACAUAGUAAGUGCCCAAUAAAUGUUGACAAAUGUUUUUACUACAGAUUGAAAGCCUACUGGAAACCACAGAGAAACUAACAAUAAUGACUAUAAAGGUUAUGAAAAGGAUAGGUAAACCAUUUUUGAACACUUCCUUACAGGCCUUUGACCAGCCUAAACUGGUCUUAGCAAUCAAAUGCACUUGUGUCAGGGCAAACUGGUCCUGAUGAUACUGGGCCAAAAUGGCCUGUCCAUGUAAGGUACUUGCCAGGGCCUAGAGAUGGGCAGUCUGGGGUAUGGUAGGAAGGCUGAUGCCAGUGAAGCAAGCUCAAAGCCAGCAAUCAGAUCUUCAGAGGGAGGCAGAAACUACACAAGUGCCCCAAGAGAGUCACACGUCUUUGCUAGCUCAAGGAAGAAAAGGGUGGAGUAGGAAAGGUGAGGGAAUUGAAGUCAGAACUGAAAUGAAAUGCCAUGGUGGUUCUUUGGUCAGCAAAGUCAAGGGAAAAGAGAAAAAAGAGAAGAAAGAAUAAUAAAGCCACAUAUUUUUCAUCCUGUCCAGUCAACCUCAUCUCUGUUAUGGUUGGUUGAAUUCUAAAGCAGAUUAUUUAAAUGUAUAUUUUUGGCAAACAUGCGUUACGAUUUUUUUUCUUUUUAUGAAAGCUGAUUUUCAUUUUAUGUAAACUUCCCUGGAGAUAUUUGGUUGUUAUUGUAAAAAGUUGUCCUUUUCUAAAACUUACUUGUCUUUGUCUCCUAAGUUCAGAUUUUUUAAAACUCAAGUCAUUUGACAUACACAUGGCCAAUAGGCACAUGAAAAGAUGCUCAACAUCGCUAAUCAUUAGAGAAAUGCAAAUCAACACUGCAAUGAGGUACCACCUCACACCCGUCAGAAUGGCAACAUUUGUAGUGAGGUGGAUGCACCUAGAGACUGUCAUAGAGUAAAGUAAGUCAGAAAGAGAAAAACAAAUAACCAUAUGCUAACACAUAUAUAUGGAAUCUAAAAAAAAAAAAUGGUCAUGAAGAACCUAGGGGCAGGACAGGAAUAAAGACGCAGACCUACUAGAGAAGGGACUUGAGGACACGGGGAGGUGGAAGGGUAAGCUGUGACAAAGUGAGAGAGUGGCAUGGACAUAUAUACACUACCAAACGUAAAAUAGAUAGCUAGUGGGAAGCAGCCACAUAGCACAGGGAGAUCAGCUCGGUGCUUUGUG